AUGCCUCCCUCGACAUGGGCCUGCGUUGUAACAGUCGACGCAGACGCAUCUUCCUACCAGCUCGGACCACCCCAUGAUGCUCCUAGCACUCCGUUGCGUGCUGCUUCUCAAGAUGGUGGGACCAGAGCACCUCCAGCGCGCACUUCUGGCGUGCGAGCCUUAGGAUCGAGUUCGACUACGACUGUUCAGGACCGCCUCUGGGGCGAUUUUGGACCUGACGGAAUCGGAUCGUCGGCGCCUGACUCCAUGAGUAACGACAGGGUGGCCUUCGGCUGUUCUUCGCCGUACCCGACGCCGCAAUUCGAAAGUCUGGCGUUUGGAUCUAUCUGUACAUUCAACUGCUUGCUUAAUACCCCGAAACCCCUCACGGUGGCGAUCGACCAGAACUUCAGCGGGUUUGAGUUCCAUGGUGACCGAUUGGAGAUUUGUGAACAUCAAGGAAUAGUUGGCACUGAUGCCUUCCAGCAGAAUUGCGGGGGCGUAGACUCGUCCCCAGGCGGCCGCGAUCCCUCUCCCCCUCGGGAUGUCUCCUCCGUCUGUUAUGACACUAGAUGCCAUUGUUUUGACAUACUUUUGGAUUGGUGGUGGUAUACGACUGGGUUCUUUCACUCCCUCGAAAACUGCGACUGUUUUGGGCAGGGAAUGUCAGGUCUCUCUCCACUUGGCUUUACUUCGCAAACCGGUAUAUCACCCUUCUCUAUGAAGCGUGUCAGCUGUUGGUAUUCGUACCGUGGUCUAGUAAAGGACAUAUCACUGACCACGAUCAUGAAGGGGUACCUUCACAAGCGUAGAAAGUCUCGAACGGCGCUUACGAGAGUCAUCUUAUUCAGCUGCACACGUAUCAUAUGGGUGACAAGUAUCUCGACCGCAUUAUCCAUGCUUGCGCAAGCAGUUGACAGUGUUCUAUGGCUUGCGGGCAUUUGCACUCAGUCAAUCCUGGUGCCUAUCGAUAUCCGUCUUCGCUCUCACAUCCUCAUUGGGGUUCUGCUGCGCAACGGAAGGUCAGCACCGAGAGUUGAUCUGAUUCUGGCACUGAUAAGGGCGCUCUUGAUAUCCAACAUCCUGCUACUCAUUGUGCUCCAACAACCCACGCUUCACGACCUCAUGACUGGCGACACAGCAUCACAGAUCCUUACCUCGAUAUCAUCCGUUCUCGUCUCGCACUUCAUGCUCAAUCUACAAGAUGCUUACAAGAGAAGCUCCGAAAUUUGCGUCUGGUACAAUUCACUGUGUGCAUCUCAGAGCAUCAUUUCGUCUGGCCUCAGCUUCGUACCGGCAUUGGGCUCAAUUGCAGCUCACAUAGACGACACGGUCCUGGAAACUCCUGUCGCCGAGAUAAACGAUUCAUCCUACGUACUUGCAGAGAAUACCCGAUGGAAAGUACAUGUUCCUGAGGAGAGCUGCAUAUCCCAUGACGUGAAGCACGUCGACGAUCUGACGCACACGCCUCGUGAUCGUCUCUACGUACCCCUACACUACUACGCUCCACGCGCGGAGCCAGGGCAGGUGCCUCCGGAGGUGUUCGUUGACGUUCUGUACUUCGAGCAAAGGUGGGAGAAAACUCACCGACUCGGACAACGUCGCCGUACUUUUGGUGCAGCCCGUGGACAUACUCAUGGUCGUACCCAGACAAGCUCACGCAUGCAAGAAGGCUUCCCUAGAAUGACUUGGGAGAUAAGCGACGUGGUCGAUGACGUGACGCGACUGCAGAAUUAUCCGCUCCCUCUAAUUACGAGCGACAAGGCUGAAGGUGAAGGAAAAGCUUUCAAUAUUACUAGCUGGGUAGAGACUGGGGCAACCUACUAUUCCCGAGGAUUGACAGAGUUGACCUGA